UUAUAACACUCUUGUUGUGCUGAUGUUAGAUUAUUGUCCUCCUUUUUUCUCUCUCCUUGAACAAAUAAAAUACGCUCACGCUUCGUAUUUCUUAGAUCCAAAUUAUCAUGUUAUUCGACAAAGUUUGCAUAAUUUUUGUGAUAGGAAUAAUACAUCAAACUUUUUCCAUACAAUAUCCUGAGGCAUUUCGAAACCUGACCGAUGAUGGGAAAGUGUACAACGGGGUCAAGGUAUUGGAACCUUACAAAUGGAUGACAGUUAAGGAAAAUGCGUCACAAGUCCAAACAUUUAUCAACCAGCAAAGCAAACUGACCAAAUCGUAUGUAUCGAAUUGUGCAAAUCGGGGAAAAUUUGAGAACUUUCUGGCGAAAACGGAGGAGGGUGUUACAUAUGAGAAUGCAAGAAAACUGACUGGGAACAAAUAUGCAUACACUUACAAAGCAAAGACUGGAAAUGUAUCUUACUGGCAUCUUGUCCAAGACUUCGAAAAGGACACGAAGCCUCGUCGGUUGGAUUAUGAUGGAGACAACGUCAUUUUAUCUCCAGACGCCUCCCUCUUUACCUAUUUUGACCAAACUGAGAAAGUGCUCCAAAUUAGGAACGUGACUGAAAAUGAUGAGAUUUCACUCGAAACUUUAUCCUGGAUUGAUUCCCCAGACAAUCGAAAGUUCCAGUGGUUGGGUGACGCGACUGGAUUUUUCUACAUCAACAAAACUACAACACAAGUUGAAGGUGAAGACGAGAAGAGCGAAUAUUCCGUUCAAUUUCACAAAGUAGGAUCACCUGGUUUCGGUUUCACGGUUAUAAACUUCAACGAUUCCAACAUAUGCAGUAAUAUCUCCUUGAGAUGUGAAAUUGAUAAGAUUAGGCUGGCACACGACGCCAGUUUCCUAUUUGUCGCAAGCUCCACUUACGUCGGAGAAACGUGGAUGUACUCUUUCAAUCUCAUCAAGUUGAACAAGCCCGUUGAGAAGCAAGACUUCAAAGUUGUUGCCUUAAAACACAAUAUUCCCGGACAUUUCCUCGAUUUGAUCGACAUAAACGAUGGAAAAAUAUACUUGCGAAAUAUAAUAGAAAGACCUCAUGCGGUCAGUCAGGCCGAGAUUACUGCUGCUCACGAAGGAAACACGUUGGGCGUGCGAUGGGGCGAGGACGUUUUCAAGCUGAACAAUUUAGACGACGAUCUUGAUGAUGCUGUUGCAGUCGACAAUGAUAAGAUGAUUCUGUCCAUCUCCCCAAAAACUGGCCGUGGUAAUCAUUCCGUGCAACUCCGUAAGAUCGAGGAUGGCACCCUGAUCCGACAAUUUGAUUUAAUCACGCAUCAAAAAUUAGCCGUUGACAGUUUUACUCCCAGAAACAGAGAUCCUGAAAUUUUCCUGUCUUCAUCCAUUGCGAGUAAUCGUUAUGAAAUGUUUCUGCUGAACGUGUCCAACCCCAAGCCGGACCUCGAGCCUGUCAAGAUUCAAAAUUUUGAGACAAUAGUAGAAGUCAUGACGUACUCUUCUUCCUUGAACAACAGUUCUGAUGAGAAGUCUGUGAGCAUUUUGCGUAGUAAGGUGAGCGAGAUGGCGAUUUCAUCAAGCACGAAAUCCCGACCAGCUUUCAUAUUCCUUAAUGGAGCCAUUUCAUCCUCAAGCAUUACAUUUGUGGAACAUUUUGACGCCCUUCUUGUUCUACAUGAAAAGCUUGACAGUCCGAAUGAUGCAGUCGACUACUCGCCGUAUUUUGAGAGCUGGAUAGAAAUGGAGCAAAACGUGGAGAACGUGGUUGACAUUGCGGAAGGGUUGAUUGCUAAGGGACACACUGACCCAUCACAACUCUUCCUCGUGGGACUGGGGGACUAUUCCGCUAUGGGUGCAAAUGUUAUCAAUGCCAGACCUGAAAUAUUCUCUGGAGUCUUAUUGUCCAGGACUGAAAACAACUUCAACCCUUUGAAACACACGACAAGAGAUCUCUGUCCCGAUGGAUUUUUCGGAAAUUGGUGCACUGACAUCAAUAAAGCAAUUUUUCCCUUGGUUCAUAAAAUCAGCCCGUUGUUACACAUUGGCGACAAAGAAACGUCAUACCCGUCCCUUGUUAUGAACCUCUACCAUGAAAUCCCUCAAAAUACGGACUUUAAGUCGGACAUUUAUGGACUGGAGUACUUGGCAGAGAUGCAAAGUACCGUUGGCAGCAGAGACUCUCAGAUCAAGCCAUUCCUGUUGACUGUGAACACCAUCACAAAUGACACUGAUUAUGAAUACAGUGGGACGUUUACGGAAUGGGCAGAUUUCCUUUGCAUUCUGGAGAAGUCUUCCGGGUUGAAGUUGAGUGCAUAAAAACGACGUGCAGAAACAUGCAGUCUGACCAACUGUUACAUAUUCUAGUGCAUGCACAUUUGCAAAUUAUAAUUAAAAGUUAACAAAAGGGUAGUGACCAUGCAAUUUCAGGAAACAAUAAAAGAUUUUGUUCACUUAUCGACUUUA